AUGUUGUUGUGGUCGUCUCAAGUUCAGGGAAAGAGAUGUGACGGUGAAGGGAUCGUAGUUUUGAUGAGUUGUCUAGAUUCUAUUAGCAAGGAGAUGCGACAUCCUCCGACACCAGUCAAAGGUUGUUGCCUUGUCCUCCAAACCAUUGGGAUGAAUUGUGUCUGCGAAGUCAUGACUAAGGAAAUCGAAGCCAUGCUUGAUAUGCAAAAGCUCGUCAAUCUCGCAGCUACUUGUGGCCGUCCUCUUGCUCCUCGUUCACAUUGCGGAACCGAAACAACAUAUGACAAUCGGUUCGAAGGAGGAGCCAGUGAUGAUGUUGCGCUAAAGGUUGAAGGCUUGAAGCCAUGA